AUGGAGCUGAAGAAUCACUCUGUGCUAAAUGAAUUUAUUUUGUUAGGACUCACCAGUUCUUGGGAGCUUGAGAUUUUCUUUUUUGUGAUCUUCUUCCUGGCCUAUACAUCAAUUUUGGCUGGAAACAGUCUCAUUAUACUGAUGGUGAUCUUUGACCCCUGCUUGAAUUCCACUCCCAUGUACUUUCUCCUUGCCAAUCUCUCCUUUCUUGACAUGACCCUUUCCACUGUUAUUGUCCCCAAAAUGAUCAUAGACUUCUUUAGGGAGAGAAAAACCAUCUCCUUGUGGGGCUGCAUGGCACAAAUAUUUUUAGUUCACCUCUUAGGGGGCAGUGAGAUGGCCCUUCUUAUAGUAAUGGCUAUUGAUCGUUACGUUGCAAUAUGUAAACCCCUCCACUAUACAACUAUCAUGAACUGGAGAAUCUUGGUAGGCAGUGUGCUGCUGUCGUGGGUUGUUGGCUUUAUGCAUACCAUGAGCCAAAUGGCUUUUGCUGUAACCUUGCCCUUCUGUGGUCCUAAUGUGAUUGAUGAUGUUUUUUGUGACCUUCCCCUGGUGAUGAGCCUUGCUUGUAUGGACACCUAUAUCCUAGACCUUCUUGUCAUUGCUGACAGUGGGUUACUCUCACUGAUCUCUUUUGUCCUUUUGGUUGUCUCUUAUAUUGUUAUCUUGGUCACCAUCCAGCAUCGCUCCUCAAGUGGGCUUUCUAAGGCUCUGUCCACAUUAUCUGCUCACAUCACAGUGGUGAUUCUCUUUUUUGGGCCAAGUAUUUUAAUCUAUGCUUGGCCAGUUAGUAGUUAUGCAUUGGACAAAUUCCUCUCAGUGUUUUUCUCUGUUGUCACUCCUCUCUUAAAUCCAGUUAUCUACAGUUUGAGGAAUCAGGAGAUGAAGGCAGCCAUGACUAGAUUGAGGAGCAGGCAUAUCAGGUCUAGGCCUACUUAUUAG